UUCCAUAGGAAUUUCAGGAAAAGAAAAAAGAUAUAUAUAUAUUUUUCCAAGCAGGGAUUCUCUUAAAUGUCGAUGGCAAACAAGAGAGAGAUUGGCCAGAAGCUCUACAUCCGCGUUCGGGUUUCCUCAGUCGAUUCUCCAGUUUUCGGCAACGCUACAUCAUUUCUGGGAAGUGUCACCCAAGAAUGAAGAUGGAGGAGCAGGGCACCAUGGGACGUCCUCUAGGAGAUCUGUUGCUGCGAGCGAGGAAAGAGCAUCAUCACCUUCAGCCUGGUACAAUUGAGGGGUCUUUGCAGAGAAGACCACCAGAGGUGAAACAGGAACCAGAUGAUGGCUCUCUGCAACAAUGGGAAACCCAGUGGCAGGAAUUCCUAAAGAUAGUGGAGGCCCCACAUUCAGGAUGGGGGACCUCGGAACUGAUGGAGGAACCGUGGGACAACGCCAGAGCCUUCCUGGCCUCCUUUGAGCAAGUGGCCAGGGGCUGCCGGUGGCCGAAAGAAGAGUGGACGGCCCGACUCCUGCCGGCUUUGAGCGGAGGGGCCGAGCAGGCCUUUCUUGGUCUGGAGGUCAAAGGCAGAGAGGAUUAUGGGAAAGUGAAGGCCGCCAUCUUGCGCGGGGACGCCCAGAGAAGGGAGGAGCAGCGGCAGCGGUUCCGGCGUUUCUGUUACCAAGAAGUGGAGGGGCCAAGAGGAACUUACAGCCGCCUACGGGAGCUUUGCCAACAGUGGCUGAAAGUGGAGAGGCACUCCAAGGAGCAGAUCCUGGAGUUCUUGAUUCUGGAGCAAUUCUUAGCGGUCCUUCCCCCGGAGAUCCAGAACUGGGUCGAGGAAUAUGGCCCGGAGACCUGUUUCCAGGCGGUGACCUUGGCCGAGGAUUUUCUUUGGAGGCAGCAAGAGGCAAAGAGACAGGGGAACCCGGUGUCGUCAGAAAACACGGAGACCAUGAGUUCCUCUGAAGCAGGGCCAAUCCUGUCUGACGCAGAGCAAACCCAACUGCACGUGGUGACCAAGCAGGAGAAUGACCACAGAGACGCUGGCCUGUUGGGUGACGAGUGGAGACGAGACAGCGAGACAGAACUGUAUGGGAGUUUAGCGAAAAGAGGAGCCUACGAAGAGCUGAAGGAGAGUAUUUGGUCCCGAGAGGGCUUGGCGAGCCAAGAGAGAAACCACGCAGAGGAGAGGACAACCCAAUCCCUCCCUGGUCCAGUUGAAGAUUUUCAUCGGAUGUCACCAGACAACCGGAAAGAGAAGAGAAGGGAAAGGUCCCCCAGUGUUCCCUGGGGAGCCCCCAUGGAGGAAGAACCAGACGGAAGUCUUGUGUUUGGGAAGAGCCUCCACCACAGGGGGGAUUUUACAGAGCAUGAAGUGCUUCACGAAGGGACGAGCUCCUAUCCGUAUUUGGAGUGCGAAGAGAGCUUCGCCCCUAGUACCACGCUUAGAUCGCAUCAGGGUCUCCUGGCCGUUGAUGGGCAGUAUAGAAGUUCGGACUUGAGCCCGAGCUUGGGGGAUCCAUCCAGCCUCCCAAAGCACCCCAGGAUCCCCAGAGGGGAGAAGCUGUAUAAAUGCUUGGAGUGCGGCAAGUGCUUCGGCCGCAGCGCCCACCUGACUUCACACCAGAUCAUCCACACUGGGGAGAAACCCUACCAGUGCUUAGAAUGCGGGAAGAGUUUUGUCCAGAGCGCUCACCUGGCCUCUCAUCAGAUCAUCCACACUGGGGAGAAACCCUACCAGUGCCCUGAGUGCGGGAAAAGCUUCAACAAAAGCACGAACUUCCUUAGGCACCAGAAGAUUCACAAAGGGGAGAAGCCGCACCGAUGCCCAGACUGUAGCAAGAGCUUUUCGGACAAACCGAGCCUUAUCCAACAUCAAAGAGUUCACACUGGGGAGAAGCCGUACCAGUGCCUGGAAUGUGGGAAAAGCUUCAGCCACCGGGGGAGUCUGAGCGCCCAUCAGAGGAUGCAUACGGGAGAGAGGCCGUAUACCUGCUCCGAAUGCAGCAAGAGCUUCCGGGAUCAAUCGAGCCUGAUCCGGCACAAGAGGAUCCACACGGGGGAGAAGCCGUACACAUGUUUGGAGUGCGGGAAGAGCUUCAGCCAGAGUACCAACCUGACUUUGCAUCAGAGGAUCCAUAGGGUCCACACCGGAGAGAAACCCUACAAGUGCUCCGAGUGCGGGAAGAGCUUCGUCCAAGUCUCCAACCUGACGGCGCAUAAGAGAACCCACACGGGGGAGAGACCGUACGGCUGCUCCGAGUGCGGGAAGAGCUUCAGCCGGAGCGACCAUCUGACUUUGCACCAGAGGACGCACACGGGAGAGAAACCGUACAUGUGCCUAGAGUGCGGGAAAAGCUUCAGCCAGAGCACCGACCUCACCUCCCAUCAGAGAAUCCACACGGGAGAGAAGCCUUACAAAUGUUUGGAGUGUGGGAAGAAUUUCAGCCGGAGCUACCGCCUUACCAUACAUCAGAGAAUGCAUACAGGGGAGAAGCCGUACAAUUGCUUGGAAUGCGGGAAAAGCUUCAGCCGGAGUGAUCAUCUUUCAUCCCAUAAAAAAAUGCACACAGGGGAAAAGACGUAACAAAGUGAGACGGGUUUUUCUAUAAAACUCAGCUGUCCUUCCUGCCCUAACCGUCUGAACAUUCUCAAAGGAUACAAACAGUAGAGAUUGGAGAAAAAAUGGAUUUUAAAAAUUGAGAAUGAUUACAUAUCUUGUGGGGGGGAGAGAAAUACAAGUGCCUGUUUGGAUAAUUAGGACCAAAUCAAAUUACAGUAGGAGCUCUUAUCCACGGGAUCAGUAUCCACUGAUUCACUUAUCUAUGGUCUG